AUGUUUCCAGGACUAGAUGCCAUGGUUGCCUGGUCCAUGCGCCUCACCGACAAACCGCUCCCAAAAGGUUCGAUUGCACACAUUUGGCAUCCAGAUCGCGAGAUAGAAGGCGCAUCAUCAUGGAAAGUUGCUGGACAUGUCUGUAAAGGUUGUCCGAUUGGAAUCCUGAUCUGGGAGGUCACACCAACAUGGAUAGCUGCCGAACCGGGUGUGAGAACCAUUUGCGAGAUUGGGUUCAACGCUGGGCACAGUGCGCUGCGAUGGUUGAUGCAUUCCAGCGCAAAGGUGCUCUCCUUCGAUCUUGGAGACCACCCUUACUCUCGACCAGCUGCCAUGUGGCUGGCCAGCCAAUUCCCCGACAAGCGGCUGCAGUUGACGUGGGGCGAUUCCUUAGUCACAGUUCCGGAGUUCCAUAGGAACCAUCCCGAGGUCAAGUGUGAGCUAAUCUUCAUCGAUGGUGGCCACAGCUACGAUUGUGCAAUAAGAGACUUAAAGAAUCUGGCUGGACUUGCCAAUUUGCAGAACAACCGUAUCCUGCUUGAUGACACGUUCCUGGAUGAUGUUCGUCGGGCUUGGGACGAAAUGCUGGAGAUGGGUUAUGUGGAGGAGUUGCAAAGCUACUCCGGUGAAAUUGAAGCUGGCAGCUAUGGCUUCACCUUGGGGAUGUACACAGAGCGCGUGGGCCAAUGUGGCAAUCAGAUCGGCUGCCGAUUCUGGGACUUGGUCUUGCGUGAACAUGCCUCCGUAUCAAAGACGGCAGUGUAUGAUGCUGCUCUGUCCUCCUUCUUUCGAAAUGUGGACACCAGACAUUCGAACUUGCCAAGUCUUCCAGUUGGUGAUCAGAUACGGACUCUGAAAGCAAGAUGCCUUCUCGUGGAUAUGGAGGAAGGAGUUGUCAAUUCUCUGCUGACGGGACCUUUGGCCGAUCUCUUUGAUGCCCGUCAACGAAUCACGGAUGUUUCAGGGGCUGGCAACAAUUGGGCACAUGGGUAUCAUGUGUAUGGGCCGACGUACCGAGAAAGCAUUGAAGACAAAGUUCGAAAGGCUGCGGAACAUUGCGACUCAUUGCAGUGCUUCCUUCUACUACAUUCACUCGGUGGUGGUACCGGGAGUGGGCUGGGAACAUAUAUCUUAGAGGGACUGCAAGACUUCAUGCCCGAGGUUUUCCGAUUUGUUUCCUGCGUCUGCCCAUCUCGAGACGAUGAUGUUGUGACUUCCCCGUACAAUACGAUUCUGGCCAUGCGUCCGUUGAUCCAAGCUGCCCACUGUGUGCUGCCGACAUCGAAUGAUGCCCUGGCUGGCAUCUGCAACCAAAUAUCAGCUCGCGAUGCUGGAGAGGACGCUGCGCAGGCUACUCUCAUUGACCUGCCACAGGAUGAGCGACAUGGUGGUCGUCGCCCGCAGCAUAGCCGAACGACACGGACAGCUUCAGCACCUCCGAGAAAGAGGGAGCUCGAAGCGGUCGUGGAAGCAUCGAUGCUUCGUGAAGCUCCAGCACCUCGAUCGGCCGGUGACAGGAGACCACGAUCUGUGGGUACCGAGCGGCCCUUCGACAGAAUGAACUCUUUGGUGGCCCAUCUGCUGAACAACUUGACCAGUUCAAUGCGGUUCGAGGGGUCUCUCAACUUGGACUUGAACGAAAUCACUAUGAAUUUGGUGCCGUUUCCCCGUAUGCAUUUCCUGCUGGCAUCAAUGAGCCCCUUGUACUUCGGCAAGGACCCGCGGCUUGUUUCCAGAGGCUUCCACCAGAUGUUCUCAGAUGUGGUGACGCAAGGUCAUCAGCUCAUGAAUGUGGAUCCGAGGGGAAGCACAUACAUGGCACUGGCUUUUUUGGUUCGCGGUUCUGCUUCGAUUGCGGACGUGAACCGCAACAUCGGUCAACUGCGGAAGAAGCUAAAGUUGCUGCCGUUUAAUGAAGAUGCUUUCAAGAUUGGCCUUUGCAAAGUCGCCCCUCGAGGCCUUCCGUACUCGGUGUUGCACUUGGGCAACACUUGUGCUGCACACCAGAUGUUCAGCCACACCGUCAAAGACUUUUCCCGACUGUAUUCCAGAAAAGCCCAUGUUCAUCACUACACGAACUUCAUGGAGCGCGAGGAGUUUGACCAUGCCUUUGAGACUGUCAACUCCUUGAUUAAGGCACGAGACGCCAAAGUCAUGCUGCAGCUCGGCUAUGCCUCCGUUGGCACAUUCAGCGUGCUCCUGGAGGCGAAGGAUUUCGCUGAGGUCAAAGAUUCUGAGUGCGUCUUUGCCUUCCAGCCUGUGGACCUCCCGCCGAACCUCGGACCGAUGUGGGUCUUUGGACAGACAGCGCUCAGGAAGUACUACACGAUUUACGAUGCAAAGCGAUGGCAAGUUGGCAUGGGACUGGCGAAGCAUUCUGCCAAGAAGCGCGUGGGAACUUUGGUUCAGGACGGGGCACCGCCAGAGAAGAGGACAGAACCAGAGGUCUGUGAGGAUGACAACAAGAACAUGGUUUGGAACCAUUUGCCUGGCUGCAAAUCUUUUGCUUCCAUGGGCUAUUGCCAUCGUUUCCCCCCGCUGGCCAGGAAGUACUGCCGGCUGUCUUGUGCUUUGUGCACUGCCACUGCCUCGGCGGUCAGCGACACAGCCGAUUUGAUCGAAGCAAAAGAUCUGCAGGAGAGCUCCCCAGCACCGGUGCAGGUCGGCUCUGGCAUGAGCAUUUCUGGUACUCGGCGCGGGGUUGUCAAGCUCAGAGCCCUUAGCACUGAUGAGGCAUGA